AUGGUGAAAGAAACAGAGUACUAUGACACCCUUGAGGUGACGCCUACUGCCUCGGAACUGGAGAUCAAGAAGGCGUACAGGAAACUUGCAAUAAAACUACAUCCUGACAAGAAUCUUGACGACCCGACCGCGCCUGCUAAGUUUCAAGCUAUUAGCGAAGCGUAUCAAGUACUUAGUAAUGAAGAACUCAGAAAACAAUACGACAAAUACGGAAAGGAGAGAGCCGUUCCAGAUAGUGGAUUCGAGGAUCCGUCGGAAUUCUUCAGCAUGAUAUUUGGUGGCGAUGCAUUUGAAGAUUGGAUCGGGGAACUCUCUUUAAUGAAGGAUCUUACUCGGACCAUGGAGAUAACCAUGAAAGAGAUGGAGGAGGAAGAAGCGGCAAGUGAAGAAGAAGCGAAAAAUAAGGAUUCUGAGAUCAAAUCAGGUUCUUCUUCCCCCGGAGUGUCUGGGGAGCACAAGCCUACAGAGCACAAACCCACAACUUCUGAUGGGCUUCAUGCACCUGUUCCUGUCACACCAGAUGGAACUACUCCAACGCCACAGGCAGCGGCUGCUACUUCUAGUCCCGAGCUACCAAUACCUACAAAGGCCAGCCCUACUGCUUCCAGAUCCAGCACACCUCGUCCAAAAGGCGUUCCAACGAGGGCAAUGCUCAUGGACAAAUCCGAAGAGGACCGGAUGGCUGCUGAGGGCCUAACAGAGGAGGAGAAAGAGCUGAAGCGCAAGGACAGGAAGAAGGCUGGAAUGACAAAGAAGCAGCGGGAAGCAUUUGCCGCGCUCCAGGCGGAACAGAGAGAGACUAGGAAUAAGAGGGUUGAGAUGUUGACAAAAAAAUUGAUUGAUCGAAUUAGUGUUUGGACCGAGACCGAUCAAGGCGAGGACACCACGCGCUCAUUUAAAGAGAAGACGAUAUGUGAGGUUGAGAACCUCAAGAUGGAGAGCUUUGGAAUUGAGAUCCUUCAUGCUAUUGGGCACACUUACAUAUCGAAGGGUGCAUCUUUCAUCAAGUCCCAAAAGUUCUUAGGAAUUAGUGGAUUCUUUAGUAGGUUAAAAGAUAAGGGCAAUAUCGUUAAGGAUACUUGGGGAACUAUUUCCACCGCGAUUGACGCCCAAAUGACGAUGGAGGAGAUGGCAAAACUCGAAGAAAAGGGUGGCGACGACUGGACAGAUGAGAAGAAAGCCGAAUACGAACGGAAGGUUACGGGGAAAAUCUUAGCUGCUGCGUGGAGAGGUAGCAAGUCUGAGAUCCAGAGUGUUUUGAGGGAUGUCUGCGACAGGGUUUUGAACGAUAAGAACGUAAAGUUGGAGAAAAGAGUCGAGAGGGCGCAUGCGCUAAUUAUGAUUGGUACUAUUUUCAAGGCCGCCGAGCGUGAUCCCGACGAAGAAUUCCCCGAAGGGGUUUUCGAGCAACUUGUCGCUGAUGCUGCAAAGAAAGAAAACGAUAAGAAGGAUAAGAAGGGCAAAGCAAAGGAGGCUGAAGCCAAAAAAAAUGCUCCCACAAAAGGCAGCCCUAGUAAACCCAAGAAUGCUUCAUCCGAGGAAGCGUCCGAGGAUGCCAACAUGCCACAACGAACGUAA